AUGACGGACGACGGGAAGAAGUACAAGAUAAGAUCAAAAGGCUUACCGGAAAAGACGCCGGAAAAGCUCGUGAAAUGCAAGAAGAGCCGUCGCUGGAAAGAUACGGCAUUCCAGAUCAUUCGUGUGCUACUGAUUGCAGCCGGUGGGGUCGCUGUCUUCUUCUGGAUCUGCUCACAGCGAAAUCCCAGCAACGGCUCCCAACUGCCAUUCGUUGGGGAGACAAUUUACCCCGUCCCUUACGAAUACCAGCUGCGGAUUCCGCCGAGAGUUGGACAGACUAUCCAUGUUGCCGGGAAUGUUAGUGAAAAUGCCAAAAGCAUCUGCGUGUCGCUGAUGAGAAACAGCACCGAAGGCUCGACUCUCCUCUUCAAGCUCUGCUCAUUCUUUGUCAAGGAUACGGGCCUAACCGACGGGUACAGCGAGGUUACGGUUGAGCUCGAGAAUCGAACAUUGGUGGAGCGCGUGGCGAACCCUUAUGAGCGGUCCGGCGACUACGAUUUGCGUGUUCGGGUGCUCGGGUCAUUUGCGCAGGUGUUUUCCCAGGGCGGCGAGAUUGGCCUUUUCGAUCGGGGCGACUACGCGGUUAACGAGGGCGAAACUCUGUCGAUCCACGUCGACGGUGACUUUGAAGCGAUUCGUUUGAUCACGAUUGAUGGU